GAACACUGCCCUAAAUUUUAACUUGAGAUCAUAUAUUCUUGCUUAGAAAUGCUUGUCCAGGCACAUUAAACUACAAAAAGCUUGUGUCUUAUUCCCGGGGUGUAACGCUUGAAUAUUCUUGCUCGGAAGGGAAGAUAACCUAGCUGCUUACGCGAGGUGAAGAAGGCUUCGGUGCGUUUCAAGUUCGUCUGAAGAAAAACAAAACAAAGCUACCCCAAACUUUGCAAAUUCAGCCUCUAGGCUAGAAAAACAGUACCAGAGCAUGGAAAAAUUGAAGUUGGAAAAAUCUGAGGCCGAAACACCAGUACUUAGUAGCCAGUUACUUGAGGAGUGGCUUUCCAUGCCAAUGACAGAAACCAGGAUAGCUACUGCAGCCCCUAUUAUCGCCACCACAAUAACACUAGAGGCAAUACAGAAUGUCCUAUAUGCUAGUGGCUACCCAAUAGAAGCUAAAAAUAUAGACACAGAUUUUGGACCGUUUGAUGAUACACAGUUUGAUGUGGUUGUGGAUGUGGAGACAUCCUCACAAGAAGAAAACACGAAAAAUGGUUUUUCCAAAGAGUUUUUUAAUCAGUGUGAAGACUCGCUACCAGACUGCUCUGACAUCUCUGAACUAUCAGAAGAUGAUGUUCUCAGUAUUUUGAAUGUCUCAGAUCAAGCUUUGUCUUCAGACAGUGAGAUGGAUUUUAGUUGUGACUCAGGCAUUGAAGCAGAAAUGGAGGAUAUGCAAGAGAGUCCAAAGAAAGCAGAACCCAAGCAUUUAAAAGAUGCAGACUACAAGGAUAAGGAUAAGAAUAGUUGUAAUGAAUGUGGUUCAGAACUGUCAAAAAGUACACAAAAGAAAAAGAUAAAGGCAAAGGAAGGUCAAGCUGGGUCAAUAGAUGGUUGUCAGUACCUUUGGGAAUUCCUGCACUACCUGGUCACUGACAAGAAAUAUGAGAAGUACAUAGCAUGGCAAAAUCCCCAAAAAGGGGUAUUUCGUAUGGUGGAUCACAACGGUGUUGCCAAACUCUGGGGCAAGCACAAGAAGCGUAAGAACAUGACAUAUGACAAGCUCAGCCGGGCUCUAAGAUACUAUUAUAGCAAAGAUAUUUUAGCCAAAGUUAGUGGCCAGAGACUCACGUAUAAGUUCUGUAAGACACCAAGUGGGAGGCCAUACCCAUCUUGAUGUAUUUCCAGGAAUAAAGAUUAUUAUUUUUGUAAAUAAUGUUUAUACCAAGUACAAUUUAAUUGUAUCAAAUUUUUGUUUGCAGCCUUUGUUGCCAAAGGAUUUUAGAAAAAUUGUAAAUACAAGUUAUUAGAGUGUGCUUAAACCUUUAUUGUCAACUACCCUACAGGGGCUGAGCCAGUAUUUCUUUUUAUAAAAGGAGGCCCAAAAGGUGUUUUAUAAGACUUUUUCUUCAGUAUUUUGAAUUGUUUCCCAUACAUUUACAGUAUUUUUUGGCUGCAAGAGGGCCCUCUUCCCUGGCUUUGCCCUCACUAACUACAACCUUAAAAAUAUGUUUAUCACUCUUUAUCCAUUUUUUAAGGUUUUGAAUUUAUCCGUACACAAUAUUUUGUAGUAGAAAUCCUGAAAUGUUGUCAGGAAAUCAACUAAUAAAAAAAAUCCAGGAUAUACGUUUCUAAUAGGGUCUUACUUCCCCAAGGGACUGCCAGAAAAAUCCACAGCAUACGAAGACAAAAAACCUGUGUACUCAGCUUAUUAUUUGGAUUUCAGUAAAUUUACAGUUUGCAAAUCAACAUACUAUUAGUAGAGUGAGACAUAGAUAUAGCAAUCCAUGAUAUAAUGAUAUCUCAGUAUAAUAAUAAUCUCGGUAUAGUUAUCAAGUCCUGACAACAGUAAAAUACAGUAUAUGGGAAAUAAUAUUGCAUUUUUCUAUUGUUUUCCCAUCUAUUCUUAUACUGUAUCAAGGUUUUGCUGUACUUUCAGAAUCAGGGUGAAAAUUUGCACUUGAUUCAAGGAAAAGAGAUAAUUUAUAUCACACUCAAGACAGAUGGUGUAAUAAAAAAAACAUCAGAGGACAGAGAGUAAAGGCUUAUAGUAAAAUGUUGACAUAACAAUACACUUUUACAGAGCUUUCAAUAAUUUCAGUACCUAAAAAGAAAUGUUUGUUUACUUAGACCACAAAUAACUCAAUUUAACUGUAAUGGAAUAAAAUGCAAAAAAAAAAAAAAAAAAAA